AUGGGUCUCACAGAGCCCGACAUCUUUCGCAGCCAUCUUCCGCCCAGUCGCCUUGGCGUGCCCAAAGUCGACCCAUCGCUGUCCGUUGCUGUCCGAUUCCGCGAGCGGCCACCGACGCGCCUGCCAACUCGCAGUUUCUCCGAGCGCUCCAAACGGAUCCACCACGGCGCUGCCACCGCGGGGCUCUGCCAAAUCGUCACCCUCGCCGCGAUCGCACGCGAUCGGAGGAGUCCCGCCUCCACGGACGAUUCCCCUCCUCUCCUCCUUUCUCGGUUCUCUGUCAGCACCCGGGCGCGCUGGCGCGUGAUGCUGCGCUCUGUGGCUCCUCUCUGA